ACAGCUAGGCAGCCUCAUAUUGCUUCGUGCUUCACACAUCUUAUGUGGAAUGUAGCUAGCUAGGUGUUUACAUUUGGCAGGAUUAAUCGUUCCGAUUCAACUAGUUAUCUGUCCCUUAAAAUAUAAUGAGCGUUGGUAUCGUAUAGUUGCGUCGUAGUUGUACAACUGUUGAACUUCUAGAUUAGUGCCGUCACAUCAACUGAUAAAAUGUCGGCAUCCGAGGGAACCAAAAACACGAAUACGGAACCAUGGGGUGGUUUUGACGAUAACAUUAUUAUCCAGGGCAGUGGCUCAGCAGUAAUAGACAUGGAGAACAUGGAUGAUACCUCGGGCUCCAGCUUUGAGGAUAUGGGAGAGAUGCACCAGCGAAUGAAGGAAGAGGAGGAGGUGGCGGAGGAGGACGGUGGAGAGGAGGAGGACGGUGGAGAGGAUGGAGAAUUCCUCGGAAUGAAGGGCCUCAAAGGACAGUUGGGCAGACAGGUUGCUGAUGAGGUGUGGCAAGCAGGGAAGCGGCAGGCGUCAAAAGCGUUUAACCUCUAUGCUAAUAUUGACAUCCUCCGACCUUAUUUUGAUGUCGAGCCUGUUCAAGUGAGAAACAGAUUAAUUGAAUCCAUGGUUCCUCUCAGAAUGAUCAAUUUUCCACAGAAAAUUGCAGGGGAGCUUUAUGGACCAAUGAUGCUGGUGUUCACGCUGGUGGCCAUCCUACUCCAUGGCAUGAAAACAUCUGGCACUGUUAUUAGAGAGGGUACGCUGAUGGGCACUGCCAUAGGCACCUGCUUUGGCUACUGGCUGGGCACAUCCUCCUUCAUUUAUUUCUUGGCUUACCUUUGCAGUGCUCAAAUCACCAUGCUGCAGAUGCUGUCUCUGUUAGGCUAUGGGCUCUUUGGCCACUGUGUGGUCCUUUUCGUCACUUACAACGUCCACUUCCACUCCCUCUUCUACAUUCUCUGGCUGGUCAUUGGAGGACUUUCCACACUUCGGAUGGUGGCUGUGCUGAUCUCACGCACGGUGGGUCAGACUCCCCGCCUGCUCCUGUGCGGGACCUUGGCUGCCCUCCAUAUGCUCUUUCUACUUUACCUGCACUUCGCCUACCACAGGAUAGUGGAAGGUAUUCUGGACACCCUAGAAGGAGCCAAUGUUCCUCCUAUCCAGAGAGUGGCCAGAGACCUUCCUAAUGUGGCGUCUGCUGUUAUGAAUGCCACUGUGAAAUCAGUGGCUGUUCUUGUGCACUCACAGUGAUCAAAGACUUGGUACUGACACUUCCUACUGAGAAGUAAAGCCUCUUUGGAUUAUGAACUGGGCAACAGAGAUUGAUGGGGAAAACUGGCACCCCAUCUAUGCCUGAAUCCAGCUGUGGGCUGAAUGUCAUGUGUCUGCCACGAUGUUGGGCAUAAAUUGUCGUGCCAUAACUGGAUUCUUGAGAGAAAGAAGUUUUGAUAAACCAUCCCCACCACUGUGCAUAUGUCUUAAGAAUUAUAAAGCUCAUCUCAGUUGGUUGAGAGUGAAAAUUACUAAAAAUAAGUUUUUAAUGACGACAUCGGACAUAGGAUGUGUAAAAAAUGGGAACACUGGAGACCCAUACAUGCAUGUAAAAGUUCCAUAUAUUUUUUCUGCCAUAUGAUAAACUCAUGUGCUGCCACAUAUUUAGGUGAAAUUCAUGUAAAGGUGUAGGGGACAGGACUUGCACCUUGUGGCAAGUACAUUUUAUUUCAUUUCCAAUUUAGCUGUUUUGUAAACACCCAUCACCUCUGUCACAUGGCGGAAAUGUUGCUAAGACGCUUUAGAAACAGUAGAAGCUACCAUUUCAAACAUCAGUGAAGGAUCCUCAUUAGGUUAAUAAACUAUUAAGAUCAUAGUGCUAUUGAGAGACCUUUUUUUCCAGUCCCGCACCUUUAUCCAUAUGCAGUUAGAAUUUACAAGCUUUCCAAAUUAACAUCCUCAAGAUUUGUGGAAUUUACAAAGACUUAAGCUUAAGUUGGAACACUUUAAAAAACUUAACACUAAUUUUUCUGAGAUCACUUUUUUUUCUUUCUUUUUUUUGGUGAGGACAACUUUGCAAGAUGGCUAUAUCUACAUUUACAGUUAUCUUGAUUAAUCUGACCAAUGUUUUGGUGUAAAUAUACAGUAAUGAUUUAUUUGCGGAUGUUUUAAUAGUGCAUGAGAAAUAUUUUUAAGCCAGUUUUGAUUUAAUCAACCAUUACAUGUACUGUAGUUCAAAUGUCUGUUUGGAGGUAUACAGCUGUCAAAAUAAUGCCUCAUUAUUUUGUCUUGUACAUGUAAGCAUUCUAUUUAUAUAUUUACUGUACAGAAAAGGUAGACUCAAAAAUAAAGUAUUGAAAAGCAAGGGUAA